UUGUAGGGGGCGUUUCUUUGCGGUUUCCAGCUCUUAUCUUCCCCUUCAUUGGCUAACAAAAAGGGGUUCGUGAGAAACGGGAAGAGGAGGGGGGUUGUGGUCAAACCCAACCACGACCUAAGCAGCACCAGGAGGGAGAGGAGGAGAGAAAAGAGUCGUCGUCGCCGCGGCAGCAGCAGCAGCUACAGCUGUAGCCCCACUUUUGGUCUGCAUGGGCUCGUCCGUUAGCUAGCAUAGCAUCGUCUGCCUCCGCCGUCCCGCCGCCGAGAACCCGAGAACUCCGGGGUGGUUAUCCCAGCGCCUCCACCCGCGUCCCGACUGGAGUUCUCCGUAGCCGCUCAAGAUGAUGAAGUUCAGGUUUCGUCGGCAGACCACCGACCCGCAGAGGGAGAAAAUAAAACAGGAGCUUUUCGCCUUCAGAAAGACGGUGGAGCAUGGUUUCCCCCAUCAGCCCAGCGCUCUGGCCUUUGACCCCAAACUGCAGCUGAUGGCCAUCGGCACAAAGUCAGGAGCCAUCAAAAUCUAUGGAGCACCUGGGGUGGAGUUCACAGGACUUCACAAAGACACCACCGCAGUCACACAGAUCCUCUUCUUGCCCGGUCAGGGGUGCCUCCUCUCACUGCUGGAUGACAACACAAUUCAUCUGUGGGAACUUGUAGCUGGGGUCACCAGAGAGGUGGGAGGGGUUAAAAAAGAGGGUGUGGUUUCCCUCCGUGAAGUGGACAGCUACUGUCUCCCAGGGAGACCCGGCAUCGAGAGCAGCAGCGCCACCCGGGUGACUGUCCUCCACUUGCUAAAGUCAUGUGACCUGCUCUGCGUGGGAACAGAAGGUGGUGGCGUUUACGUCCUGGAGUUGCCCCGCCUCUCGUUAAAGGAAAACCAGACGCUGCUGCAGGAUCAUGUCACUCAAAGCCUGCCAGACGAUUACAGAUGUGGGAAAUCAUUAGGACCGGUGGAGUCUCUUCAGGAACACCCUCAGCAGGCGGGCAAGAUUCUGAUCGGCUACAGCCGCGGCCUGGUGGUCCUCUGGGACCUGAGUUCCCGUCACGCCGACCAGCUGUUCCUCGGAAAGCAGCAGCUGGAGAGCCUGGUCUGGGAGCGUUCUGGAAACCUCUUCGUCAGUUCCCACAAUGAUGGGGGCUAUUCAGUGUGGGCCGUUACCAACGGAAACGUCUACAACAACCAGCCGGUGUCCUCUACUAUUCCAUACGGUCCGUUUCCCUGCAAAGCCAUCCCAAAGAUCCUGUGGAGGACGACACAGUCGAGUUCCCCGGUGAUCUUGUAUAGUGGAGGAAUGCCACGAGCCAGCUAUGGAGACCGCCACUGUCUAACCAUCCAGCAGGACAAAGAGCACGUCACUCUGGACUUCACGUCUCGCGUGAUCGAUUUCUUUACUGUCCACAACGUGGACGACGACAAAGAGUUUGACGACCCGUCGGCUCUUGUCGUGCUCCUGGAGGAGGAGCUGGUCGUGAUCGACCUGCUGACCCCUGGCUGGCCCUCGCUUCCCACUCCUUACCUCGCUCCCCUUCACUCGUCAGCCAUCACGUGUUCCUGUCACGUCACCAACGUCUCCACCAAGCUGUGGGAACGGUUGAUCAACGCCGGCAAAGCGCAACAGAGCCGGCGCCACACACACAAAAGUUGGCCAAUAUGUGGUGGGAAGAGCCUGGCACCCCCACCCAAACAACAAGAGCUACUGCUGACGGGGCACGAGGACGGCACGGUCCGUUUCUGGGACGCCUCGGGUGUCGCUCUGACUCCGCUGUACAAACUCAGCACAGCCAACGUCUUCCACACCGACUGCGACCCAGUCGAUGACCCGCACGAUGACCCAGACAUGCAGCAGGAGGAGGAGGAGGAGUGGCCUCCCUUUAGGAAGGUGGGCUGUUUUGACCCGUACAGUGACGACCCCCGCCUCGGCAUUCAGAAGAUCAGUCUGUGUAAAUACAGCAACAAACUAGUGGUGGCGGGAACAGCUGGACAGGUCAUUAUUCUGGGAUUAAAUGACGAGCGUUCGGACCACUUGGUGGACGUGUCGGUGAUGGACCUGCUGCAGGACCGGGAGGGCUUCACCUGGAAGGGUCACGACAGACUGGAACCCCGCCUCAAACCUGCCCCCUUCCCGCCAGGCUUCCAGCCCCUGGUGCUGCUGCAGUGCCUGCCCCCCGCCUCAGUCACGGCGGUGGCGCUGCACGCCGAGUGGAACCUGGUCGCCUUUGGGACGAGCCACGGGUUUGGACUUUUCGACUACCACAGACGGAAUGCUGUUCUGGCCAGGUGCACCUUGCACCCAAAUGACUCGUUGGCGAUGGAAGGCCCCCUGUCCAGGGUCAAGUCAUUAAAAAAGUCGCUACGCCAGAGCUUCAGGCGCAUCCGCAAAAGCCGGGUGUCGGGGAAGAAGCGGGUCUUGACCACGCCCACCAGCAAGGUCCAAGAGGCCAACGCCGCUCUGGCCGAGCAGGAGGAGGUCGCUCCGGUGCAGCGAAGGAUCGAGCCGCGGUCAGCGGACGACUCUCUGUCCGGCGUGGUCAGAUGUUUGUGCUUUGCAGACACAUUUCUGCGUGACGGCACACACCACGGCCCCACGCUCUGGGCGGGGACCAACUCUGGUAGCGUGUAUGCUUAUGCCCUGGAGGUGCCUGGCGUGGGUUUGGGGCGCACGUGUGAGCGGGGCGGAGCCAGCGAGAGCAGCAUGUGCGUGGAGGCGGUGCUGGGUAAAGAGAUCCAGCUGAUGCACAGGGCUCCCGUGGUGUCCAUAUGCGUGCUGGACGGGCGAGGAAAACCGCUGCCCGACCCGUACGAAGCGUCCCAGGACCUGGCCAUCGCGCCGGACAUGACCAACGCCCACUCGGUUCUCAUCGCUUCAGAGGAGCAGCUGAAGGUGUUUUCUCUUCCCAAAGUGAGUGCGAAGACCAAGUUCAAGCUGACGGCUCAUGAAGGCUGCCGGGUGAGGAAGGUGGCUCUGGUGCUCUUCAGCUCCAGCGUUCAGGAGGACUACAGCGAACACACGCUGGUCUGCCUCACCAACAUGGGAGACAUGCACCUCUUCAACAUCCCUGGCCUCCGACCUCAGGUGCGUUUCGACUGCAUUCGGAAGGAGGACAUCAGCGGCAUUGCGUCGUGCGUCUUCACCAAGAAUGGACAGGGGUUCUACCUAAUCUCUCCAUCAGAGUAUGAGAGGUUCUCUUUGUCUGCAAAAGUUCUCACCGAACCGCUGUGUUCUGUUCAGCUUCACCGACACCUGGAGCAGACGUUCACCUGCGACGGAACGCCGACGCACAUGCAGGCCAAUGGAACCCAUAAAAACCAGAUGGGUCAGGCUGAAGGGAAGGUGGACGUCCCUCUCAGCACCCUGCCCUCCCCCCUCCUGGACACCCCACUGGACUCCCCCCUCAGCUGUGCUGACCUCACCUUAGACUCGACCGGAGAGCUGACGGUGGAGGACGUCAGGGACUUCCUCACCACGGUGGACGAGGAGGAGAACAACCUGAGGAACAUGAAGGACGAAGAGGGACGCUCACCUGGCAUCCUCAUCAACUGAGCGGGGUUUGGUUCUCGUGGUUUUGAUGGACUGGAUCUGAGUGCUGGACCACGAACAUCUCCCAUCAGUUCACCAUGAGGCCCACAGUCGUCACACAGCCUGGAACUCUGGUGUGAAUCCUUCAUCUGAGUGAAGAACUUCCUCCUCCAGCAGAGCAACAUCUGGGACUGACGUCAUCCGGCUUCAUCGUUAAUUUUGCUGCACACUAGAGGAUGCAAAGGACUGUUCUCUGCAACAUAAUCCUGUGAAUGACUUUUUUUUUUCUUUCUUGAAACGGGACAGAAAGGGAGCACCGUUACGUUGCAGAAAGCUAAAUGAAGUGUUUGGAAGGUGCGAGCACGGGACGUCAGAGCAUCUGGACUCCUGCCUUCAGAAAGAACCAGACCUUUAUGUUGGUUUGCUCUGGACAAAUGAAGGUAUUUUGUAAAAGUCUGUGCUGCGUCACAUAUGUUUUGUACGGCCAUUUUCAGAGAGAAAUAUUUUAUUGAGAGAAAUGAGGAAAGCUUGUUUUUUUUCUUUUUUUAAAUAAUUCCUUUACACACAAGCUCAUCUCAUGUAAGCAAAAAGUCAUCUUCCGUUUGGAAAACGGCGGACCGGUACAGAACGUUUCUGCUGAUAGACCGAAAAUAAAGUUUGUUUUUAAUCGUCUUCUGCACAAAGUUGGUUUAAACAAGUCAAAUAGGGUUGAACAGCAGAUGAUGGCCUCCUCAGAUCUUCAGAGACGCAGGAAAGACUUUGAACAAUGUGGCUAACGUUAGCGCAGCAGAUAGGAAUCAUAUUGAUUUAUUUUUGUUAACACGAUUAACUGAGACGAAUGUUUGAUCACCGAUUAGUUUCAUUCAUUAACUGUCAAUAAAAGUCUAUUUACUCUGA